GUGUAGGCCAUCCGACUCGCACGGUUUCCCAUAUGAAAAUACAAUAUUUAUAUAAUAUUAUUAUACUUACAUUGUUGUUGUUAUAAUGUAAAUUUUUGAUGUUUGAUUAAAAAGUGUUUUUUUUAAACAAUUUUGAAUUAGUUAUUAUUAUUUUAUUUGUAUACUUACAUUACAAAUACAUAUUUAUAUAUAUAUAUAUAUAUAUAUAUAUUUUUUUUUUUUUUUGACGCAUACAUAUAAUAAUAUAUGGUAUGUGCGUGCAUAGAAAAUUGCAGUUGUAGAAGAGUGAGUUUUUGAAUUUGGCGCGUGCGUUGUAUUCCGACAUUUUUAUUUGUUUGUUUAUUUUCUCCAACGAAAACAUUUCGUUUCUCAGUGUUUAUUUAUUUUUAUUUAAUUGUAACAUUUGCGGUAUUAUAUUUUUAUGUACUAUCGUUAUUUGAUUUUCGUUUGGCGUGUCCAUUUAUAAUAUUAUUCAUCACAAGUUUAUGGUUUUUGGAUUUUGGAUUUUAUUAUUUAGUUUUUUAAAUUAAAUAUUAUAAAACUUACUGACGUUAAAUCCGAUAGUCCUUAAAUAAUCUUAUUUAUUUUAUUCUUUAUCUACAACUGCUCACACGGCAAACGACAUCAUGAGUAAAGCUCAGACGGAAAGCGAACCUUUGUCGAUUCCUUCGAACGGAGUUCACGCGGAAAACGAAAACGAAACACAGAUUAUUGACAAAACCGACAACAAGACCAAAUCAGAUAAAAACGACGCUGACACGCAAUCGUCGAGCGAUGGCGAAAACCCAGGACCUACCUCGGGCGAAUUGCCAGAAGGCGUCCGCAGAGGAGUUUGCAAAUGGUUCAAUUCGAAAAAAGGAUUUGGGUUCGUGACGCCGGACGACGGCGGCAAAGACGUUUUCGUCCAUCAAAGAGUAAUUAAAAAAGAAGGGUUCAGGUCGCUCAGAGAGAACGAGCACGUAGAGUUCACUUGUCAUGAAUCGGACAAGGGCUUAGAAGCCACUCUAGUCACUGGACCGGGUGGUACGCAUUGCAAAGGUUCGAAAAAAGCCUAUCCUCCUAAAAGACUGAGAUGUUACAAUUGCGGAGAUUUUGCAAACCAUAUAGCAGCCAAAUGCACUGAAGGACCAAUGCCGAAGCGUUGUCACAGUUGCAAGGCCACGGACCAUCUUAUAGCCGACUGUCCUUUCGGGCAGACCAAAGAAGCCGCCAGUAAGACGAACAAGACGUCCUCUCGUAAGAAGUCUGAUAGACAACAAAAACUAAAGUCUAAAUCGAAAUCAGACGACGACGACGGCGGCGCUGACUGUGACUUGUCGGUCGAUUCGGCCAACAAACAUCACAACGGAGAUGAGAAUAAUGAAAAACAAGAAAAAACUGUAUGAGUACAAAACUAAAUACAACUAAAAACAAGAAGAAAAACAAACGAAUAUAAUUUAUAAUAAUAAUUAACUUAACUUGCAUGGAGAUAAUAUUUUUUUUUUAUUAAUGGCGUUUUAUAAUAUUCUUAGAAAAGACUUUAUAUAUACCAUUUUGUAAACUAUUUUUUUUCUAAUAUUUAAUUUAAUUUAAUUUGAUUUGUUUGUUUGUUUAUUUUUUUUUGUAAGACAACAAAGUCAACACUGAAUUUUUUAUAUCUUAUUUGUGUCAACACUAUAGACAUU